UGUUAGUUUUCGCAAAUCACAUCUAAUUCGCUCAGAAAUGGUGUGCAAAGCUUGCGAGGCCAAGCAACGAGCGCUGCCAACGACCGAUCCAUUCAAGAACAAGACAUCCAAGUUGACGGGCCAGUCAAGCAAGGUCCGGGUAGCCGACAACAAGCUCUUGUCGAAAGCAAAAUACACACCGUAUCAAAAGUUUGAAAAGUGCUUGACAUGUAAGCAAACGUGCCACAUGCCGCACCACAAGUACUGCCAGACUUGCGCGUACAAGCGAGGCAUUUGCUCCAUGUGCGGAGUUGCAAUUGCAGACACGUCAAGUUACAAGCAGUCUGUUGUAUAGAACAGUGAUGAUUUCGGUUUGUUUUUGUUGCUUUCCUUGUGUCGUUGUGACGAAUGGCAGUGAUGCUCUUCAUUGUGGGAAUCUACAGCUCCGUGACAUCAACACAAAAGAG